CUUUAUAAAUUCAGACAAGGGUUAAUUUUCAGAAUCAUCUUCCUGUAACUCAUAAUCUACAAAGAGAAAGAAAAAAUGGGGGCUCUAGAUCAUCUCUCUAACAUGUUCGAUUGCUCAGGCGGAAGUCAUCAUAACCACAAAAAUCGCAAACAAUUACAGACAGUCGAGAUUAAAGUAAAGAUUGACUGCGAAGGAUGUGAAAGGAAGGUGCGUAGGUCCGUUGAAGGAAUGAAAGGUGUAACAUCAAUAAACAUUGAACCAAAACAACAUAAGCUCACAGUCACGGGCUAUGUUGAGCCACACAAGGUUGUGGCGCGUGUGGCUCACCGAACUGGUAAAAAGGUUGAGUUGUGGCCCUAUGUGCCAUAUGACGUGGUGGCCCACCCGUAUGCUCAGGGUGUGUAUGACAAGAAGGCACCGGCUGGGUACGUGCGGUAUGAUCAAGAUCCAGGGGGGCGCCAUUUGGAACGUGCGAGCUCGACUGAGGUUCGAUACACUACGGCUUUUAGUGAUGAAAACACGGGUGCAUGUGCCAUCAUGUGAUGUGGUAAUAUAUACAUUAAGUGCUUUAUGUAUUAAGUUUAUUAAGUAAAAAAGAAAGAUUUGUUUGAAGCUUAGAGGCUAUCAAGCUUAUGGUUUUGGUUGUUAUUAUUAAAGUCUAUUAUUGUUUUUGCUAGAAAUAGUUCAAACUAUGAAUUAUGUUUUAGGAAAAUUCUGUUCGUUGUGAUUCAAAGCUUAUAAAGAUGUAUAAACUUUUUAAUUUUUAA